UUCACAUUGAGUGAGUGGGCGCUGGAGGAGCUGUCCACCGACACGGUGCUGGAGAGUCCGAACAGCCUGCACGGUCCAUCAGCAUUUCAUCGUCUCACUAAAGCAUGCACUGGUCAAUGAACACACUGCCCCUGCCUCCAUAUGUAGAGCUGGGUGUCCACUCACUAAGCGGCCUCCUCUGGACCCUGCUGCUGCUUUUUCUGUGGCACUGUUACCGGAUGGGCUCCGACCUACCGAUCCCGGGCCACACACACGCUGGAAAGCUCAAGUCAGUCUGCAGGCGGUCCAUGAUGUCCCGUGGAGGUAGCUGUGCUGGAACGAAGUGUAAUGCUCGAUCCAAGCUGUCGAGAAGUGAUCAAAUUACCCCUUUUAUUUCCAUGGAAACAGAGGAGGAUGAGGAGCAGGGACAGGGCUAUCUCACCCCAGUGCUGAGUCAUGGCUUGUUCCCAGCUCGGGCCUCUGCAGAAGCCAAGAAACUGUAUGCAGCUCUGCAGGAGUACGCCAAGCGCUACAGUUGGGUGGGCAUGGGCCGCAUUCAUAAGGGUCUCCGAGAGCAGGUCAGACUGAAUGAUCACUCUACUAUACAGAAGCCUCAUCUCUUCUUCCUCCCAGAUGUCCCAAGUGUUCCUUUCUUCCCACGGGAUGCUCAUCGACAUGACAUUGAGGUCUUAGAAGCUAACUACUCAAUGAUCUUGGCUGAAUUUAAAGCCGUUUAUCAGCGAGGAAUAGAUCCAAAACAAGGCUGGACCUGUCUGGGACCAAAGGGCCAGGCGGUGUUUCCUCUCUACAGUGCUGGCGUCUGCGUGGCGGGUAACUGUCGCUCCUGUCCCUGCACGUACCGCACACUUCUCUCUCUGCGGACGUUUAUAAGCAGCAACUCGUUGGGAUCAGCUGGAUUUUGGCUGUUGGGACCCGGGGUUACGCUGGGCAGCUCCUACGGGCCCACCAACACACGACUGCGAUGUCAUCUAGGUCUGCAGACUCCGCCCUCCUGUGAGCUGGUGGUUGGAGGAGAGCCGCAGUGCUGGUCAGAGGGACACUGCCUCCUGGUCGAUGACUCCUUCCUUCACACUGUUUCCCACAAGGGGCCCUCUGAUGCUGGACCUCGGGUCAUUUUGAGCGUGGAUCUCUGGCAUCCAAACGUGGCGGCUGCAGAGAGACAAGCCCUGGACUUCAUGUUCAGCCCCGACUGCUGAACUCGCUCCUCUUCUUCUACAAUACAACUUGCAGGGAUGCCUUACUUUAGCCCUGCUCGUUGUGGGUCAUGCUUCUCAUUCCAGUCAAACACUGUGUGAAUGUGACCUAAGAAUUACACAAGCCAUCAGCCACACUCUGAACAUGCGUCGGAUCCAUGGUCAACACCAGGAAGUGCCACAUAAACAUGCAUUAGUGAGGAUGUGGUAUCGAUAGUAAUUUGGCUGCAAAAUAACAAAGUGACAUUUGAAAGCACAUGAAUAUCACAGCAGAUCUGGUGUAAAUCUUCAUGUUAUACUAUGAUAGUGAAUGCUUCUGCAUGUGAAACCUCUCCGUCCUGAAAACAGGACCUGCAUGUGCUCCGAUACUUUCAGGAAGACGAGAAAGAGACUCACCGAGGUGUUUUAUUUUAAAGAUAAACUA